AUGGUUGAGGAGAUGGUAGUUCUUAAAGAUGUUAUCAAGGCUAAGUUAGAGGCUAUUGGGCAGAAGAAUAGAGCGAAUGCUGAUAAAUGUAGGAAGGUUAAAGUUUUCAAUAUCAAUGAUAAUGCUUAUGUGGUAGCUCUCCCAGAUGCCAUGAAUAUAUCCAAUACUUUUAAAGUUGUUGACAUUCAUGAUUAUAAAGCAGAUGAGACUCUUUAUCAAGAAGAGAACUCGGGGUCGAGUUCUUCAGAGGUGGAAGAUACUGAUGUAGGAAGGAUGGCUACAUGUAUCGACAAAGAAGUCGCGCGUCAGAAAGCAUUUUAA